AUGGUGUCCAUCGUUAUGCAAAAAAGACAUAACCUAGUGGUACCCAAGUCCUUGGUUAAAGGCGAGCGUGUGCUCAGACUGUGUAUUCGGUGUCGAAAUAAGAAAAUCAAAUGUGAUGCCAAUGCCACAAGACCGAACCCAUGUUCCUACUGUGCCAAAAAGGGUUUGGUAUGUGCGUUAGACGUCUCUCACGUCUCCAAAAGACCUCAUGACUUGACGGAGCGUUUGGUUAGUGACGUCCAGGAGCUCCACUGCAGACUUGACUUGGUUGUUUCUCGAAAAGCCAUGCUCGUACAGCAGAUUUUGCAAAAAACGGGCCAAUGCUGCUGCAAACUGCUCCCUGCUGGCCUGGCAUCCGUUUACAUCGAUCCAAUUCCCACUCUAUGUCUUUCUGAGUCCUUCACCAUCCACUCAAACCAAACAAGUGUGCCAUGGUCUCUCACCUACGAACGAGCAAAGGAGUUAUUCUCCAACUUCGAACAAAACUUUAACCAUCAUUUGGCCGUGCUCCCGAAGUCUUUUUUCCUAAAAAAUUUGCAUGCAAUUCACACUGAAAGUGAUUUGCUCUUUUGGGCGAUUAUUGUCACAUCGCUUUUGAACAAAGGCACUUCCGAAGAGUAUUUUCAGUUGGCUGUACAUGUUCAGAACUUGGUAGUAGUCAAUUGCUGGUUUAAUACUCCUCGCUCGUUGUACUCUAUUGUGGCUCUUCUCAUUCUCACCACUUGGACUCUACCUGAUGAUCGUGCUUCCAAGAUUCAAGAUAGUGUGUCCGUGAAGUAUAUCUCACUCAUGAAAAGCUUGUCACUACAAUUCGGACUUCAUAGACUGAACCUUAUAGAAGAAUUUAGCAAAAAGACAAAGAUUGAAUUGGAUGAUGAAGAUGAAGUCAACAAAAACAUUCGUGAAAGAAUUUAUAAGUUUGUCACCAUCAACUCGAAUUACUGGCUCGUUUACCUUGGACUUUCCAACUCGAGCUACAACGGUUUUCACCAAGAUUACAUCAUCAACAAAGCUGCCAACAUUGAUAUAUUUAAGAAAGAGAACUUCUGCGAGAAAGAUAACUUUAUCAACUCGCUCUUGAAAGUUUCUCUUGUACAGCUGCGUAUGAACGAGAGCAUGAUUCAUCUUAUCGAAAAUCCAAGCACAAUCAGCAAGUUAAUUCACCUCAAUAUGUUUGAAAACAUCUUGAAUGAUUACGCUGCUAAAAGUUCCCCACUUUUGAACAAUCCAUUGAUUGCACUUUCCAUGGAGUAUUCGAAAUUGCAGUUAUACGUUUAUUACUUCUCGCAAGUGGAUAUCACUCUCAAUGAGUACAAACAUGUUCUUUACCGUACUGUGAACUGCUGCAUGUGUAUUCUCGACUUAUUCGAAUCGCAGUUUGGUGAUGUGAAGAAUUUUUAUCAGGUUCCAGUCUACUAUCGCUUUAGUAUAGAGUUGGUCGCUCUCACGCUCUUGGACAUUCAUUCAUGCCCAUUGUUGAACUCUGUUGACGACUACAAAAAGGUGAAAGAAUUGUUUUUGAAAUCCCACAAGAUGCUCUCGACAUUUGACGCACCUCAAUGGGGCAACCUCAAUAAGAAGCUCUUCAAAAUCAUUGACAAAUACAAUUCUUGUGACAGAGCUAAGAUCUUGAGUGUGAGGAGCCAAGGUAACUCUUUUUUCCUCAUAAACAGAAUGACUAAUUACCUUGUCUCUGGUUUGCAUUAUGAGUUAAUCUGGCAUAUCUAUCAAACGGAAAAAAUGGAUUUAGAAGUUGGUUUUGAUGAGCUUGACUGGUCAAAUUUUGGGUUAAAUAAGGACUAUCCAAAUCAUCGCGCUAUUAUCGAUUACAUCACCAGCUCAACCUCAAUUUUUAAUUAG